AUGUCGAGCAGGUGUUUUGUAUUCAUCCUUUUCCUCCUUACCUUCUUGCCCUUCAGUUCCCUGGCCACUGCUGAGGUUUUCAGUGUGGAAGAAGAAAUCUUUUUUGAUGAGAAAGGGGAGUUUGACCCAGGAUACGAUAUCUUCAACUUUGUCACCUUCCACAAUCAAUCCUUCCAGAGAGUUCAGAUUGGGAAGAUGGUCUCCAAAGCUCCUGAUGGGAAAAAAAUCAGCAUAAAUGAAAGUGCCAUUGUGUGGAAUCACAAGUUUCAGCAGUUGGAAAUGAUUUGUUCUUCUUCAUGUAUUUCAGAUGCUAACCAAUGUGAGAGAUGCCCAGUGGAUCAGUAUUCGAAUGAAGAAAAGAUCCAGUGCCUUCCCAAACGUUUCAGCUAUUUAUCCUAUGAUGAAUCCUUGGGAAUUGUUCUGACGUCCUUGAUUCUUUUCUUUUCCUCAACCCUCAUUUUGGUGGCUGUGACUUUCAUUCUGCACUGGGACACCACCAUUGUCAAAGCCAACAACAGGAACAUCACAUGCAUCCUUCUUUCCUCUCUCCUGCUUUGUUUUCUGUGCUCUCUGCUCUUCAUAGGUUGGCCUGGCAGGGUGACUUGCUUUCUCAGGCAAACUAUGUUUGGCACCAUUUUCUCUCUCUCGGUUUCUUGUGUCUUGGCCAAAACCAUCACAGUCAUUGUGGCCUUCCUGGCCACUAAGCCGGGAAACCAGAUGAGGAAAUGGCUAGGAAACAGACUGGCAGGAUCCAUCAUUGUCUUCUGCUCAUGUAUUCAAGCUAUUAUCUGCAUGGUAUGGUUGAUCAUGUCUCCUCCCUUCCCUGAGUGGGACAUGCAUUCGCAGAUUGAAGAGAUCAUUGUUCAAUGUAAUGAAGGCUCAGAUGCCAUGUUUUACAUUGUCCUGGGCUACUUGGGGCUCCUGGCCACCAUCAGUUUCACUGUGGCUUUCUUUGCCAGAAAACUGCCUGAUACUUUUAAUGAAGCCAAGCUGAUCACCUUCAGCAUGCUUGUGUUCUGUAGCAUUUGGGUGUCCUUCAUCCCAGCCUAUCUGAGCACCAAGGGGAAAUACAUGGUGGCUGUGGAGAUCUUCUCCAUCUUGGGCUCUACUGCAGGUCUCCUGGGUUGCAUCUUCCUGCCUAAAUGCUACAUCAUUAUCUUGAACCCACAUCUUAACACAAAACAACACCUGACUAGAAGAAUAGAUUAA